AUGUUUAAAGCAGUUAAAACUAUUCCAGUGUUGUCCAAGACAUUCACUAAGAGAUUGGUUUCAUCCAGUAGCGUAUUGAGAUCUUCAUCGGUCUUUAACAUGCCUGCCAUGUCCCCUACUAUGACAGAAGGUGGUAUUACCUCCUGGAAAUUAAAGCCCGGUGAAGAAUUCAAAGCUGGUGAUGUCUUGUUAGAAAUUGAAACUGAUAAAGCAACUAUUGAUGUUGAAGCUCAAGAUGAUGGAAUCUUAUGGGAGAUAUUAGUAGCUGAAGGGGAAUCUGGAAUUGCUGUUGGUAAACCAAUUGCUUUCUUAGCCGAAGUUGGAGAUGAUUUAAACACUCUUGAAAAACCAGUCAUUGAAGAAACACCAAAAGAAGCACCAAAAGAAUCGCCAAAAGAAUCACCAAAAACUGAAGAAUCAAAAUCUGAGGCUCCUAAACAAAACGAAUCAGCCCCUGCGCAAGAAUCAAGUGAAAGUGGAUCAAUCUUCGUCAAAGCUAAUCCAAGUCAAAAAUUAAUGCCAUCAGUAGAAGUUUUAUUACAUCAAAACAAUAUUUCAAAAGAAGAAGCCCUCAGUAAAAUCGAAGCUUCAGGUCCUAAAGGAAGAUUAUUAAAAGGUGAUGUUUUAAAUUACUUAGGUCAAAUCAAAAAAGAUUCUAUCUUGUCAAUUACAAAAAUCAUUAAUUCUAAACAACAUUUAGACUUAUCAAAUAUUGUUCUCAAAGCACCAGAACCUCAAACUAAAGAAUCAGACAAAGCUCCAGCUGCCAAAGCACCAAGAGAUGACAUUUUAACCAUUCAAUUAACAUCAGAAUUUACUUCCAAAGCCGAAUUUAAACAAGAUUUCGAAAACCUCAUUCACUCAUCAUUAGUUAAAACUUACGGUUCCAAAUUCCCACAAUAUGCUCAUUCUCCAUCAGCAAAUACUAACAUACAGACCGAUAUCUUUGAUGAAUUAUUGGUUCCAUCUCCAUCAACUGAAAGAUUCAAGAUUUUUGAUGUUACCUACAAAUUCAAUGAUGUCAAACCAAACUUUUCUCCAGUUUCAGAUUUUGAUGAUUUAUUAAGUCCAGUGGCUGUUCCUACUCCUUCAGGUAAAGUAGAUGUCGAAUUCAAAAUUCAAAUCAAUCCAUUAAUUGAUUCAAAAGAUUUCUUCAGCAGUUUCAAGAGUAUUUUAUUAUCACAAUUUUAG